GUGUCUGAGGGGAGCACUUGCCAUUCGCUAAUCCGGCUCAGCCGCCGCAGGAGCAGCCGAUUGCGCUCCCCACAGAGCUCAGCCCGCGCGCCCCGAAAGGCUCCGCGCUAGCCGGGUUCUAGGCUCCGCCUCGCGCCUCCUAGCCGGGUUCUAGGCUCCGCGGCCCCCGAUCCCUGGGUUCUAAGGCUCCCAGGAGCAUGGGCCGCUGCCCCCGCGCUCUGCUGCUGCUGGGCACGCUGGCCCUGCUGGCCCCGGGCCCCGCUGCUCAGGAUGACCACGACGAGUACGACGAGCUGGUGCUGUCCUUCCCCUCCGAGGAGGAAAACCAGACGGAGGUCGGGAAGCACCUGGGCUCGGCCGCUUUCUACAGGACGAACAAGGACAUGUGGAGAUUACCCGGGCAGUACAUAGUGGUGCUGAAGGAGGAAACUCAUAAAUCCCAGACAGAGAGAACCAUCCACAGGCUGCAAGCUCGAGCAGCGAAGCAUGGCUACCUAACCAAAAUCCUUCACAUCUUCCAGGAUCUGUUCCAGGGAUUUCUUGUUAAGAUGAGCAGUGAUGUGCUGGAUAUGGCUUUGCGGCUGCCGCACGUUGAGUACAUUGAAGAGGACUCCUACGUGUUUGCUCAGAGCAUUCCCUGGAACCUUGGCAGGAUCGUCCCGGCACAGUACAAGUCUGGCGAAUAUAACCCUCCCAAUAAAGGAGAUCUGGUGGAGGUUUACCUGCUAGACACCAGCAUCCAGAGCAACCAUCGGGAGAUAGAGGGCAGAGUGUUUGUGACGGACUUCGAGAACGUGCCAGAGGAGGACGGCACACGCUUUCACAGACAGGCCAGCAAGUGCGACAGCCACGGAACCCACAUGGCCGGGGUGGUGAGCGGGAGGGACGCUGGCGUGGCUAAGGGAGCCAGCGUUCGCAGCCUUCGGGUGCUGAAUUGCCAAGGCAAGGGCACGGUCAGUGGGACCCUGAUUGGCCUGGAGUUUAUCAAGAAGACCCUGACUGCCCAGCCCUACGCCCCCUUGGUGGUGUUGCUCCCCUUUGCUGGAGGCUACAGCCGUGUUUUGAAUGCAGCUUGUCGGCUCAUGGUGCAGACGGGGGUGGUAAUGAUUGCUGCAGCUGGCAACUACAAGGAGGAUGCCUGCCUGUACUCACCUGCGUCUGAACCGGAGGUGAUCACUGUCGGGGCAACCGACUUCCAGGACCAGCCUGCCUCCAUGGGAGCCUUAGGAACAAACUUUGGCCGGUGUGUGGAUGUCUUUGCCCCGGGUGACGAUAUCAUAGGGGCCUCCAGCGACUGCAGCACCUGCUUCACUUCCCAGAGCGGGACGUCCCAAGCCGCUGCACACGUGGCAGGCAUCACAGCCAUGAUUCUGAACACUGACUCUGCGCUGACGCUCUCCGAGCUGAGGCAAAGGCUAAUUCAUUUCUCCGCCAAAAACCUUAUCAAUGAGGCUUGGUUUCCUGAAAACCAGAGGCUGGUCACGCCCAACAGAGUGGCAGGACUGCCCAGCAGACUCGUAGCCGGUGAGCAGCUGUAUUGCCGCUCCGUGUGGUCUGCCCAGUCCGGGUCGACUCGCUCUGCGACGGGCGUUGUGCGCUGCAGUGGGAACGAGGAGAUGCUCAGCUGCUCAAGCUUCUCCACGAACGGCAAGCGGCGAGGAGAGCGUAUCGAGGUUCAUGGAGGCAGGAAGCAGUGUGUGGCUCACAAUGCAUUUGGCGGCCAUGGUGUGUACGCGAUAGCGAGGUGUUGCAUAUGGCCCAAAGCUGACUGCCAGAUUCACACCCGCUCCCCGACUGCGGAUGGUACUUCGACAACUGGAGUGGGCUGCUCCAAGGAGAACCAUGUUUUGACAGGUUGUAGCUCCCAUUCUCUUGCUGGAGAGUUUAGUGACAACGUCAGACCCGUUCUAAGGAUGGAGACCGGACACCACCAAUGCGUAGGUAGAACGGAUGUGACCUUGCAUACUUCCUGCUGCCACGCCCCCCGCAUUGAAUGCCAGGUGAAGGAACACUCACCCGUGGGCUUCCAAGAAAAGGUGGCCGUGUCCUGUGAUGAAGGCUGGACUCUGACAGGAUGCAAUGCGUAUUCCUGGGGUUCCGGCACCCUUGGUGCCUACGCCGUGGAUGACACUUGCGUGGUAACGAGCGCUCUCGCUGGCAAAGGGGCAGGGGCCAUCGCCAUCUGCUGCAGAAGCAGACGUUUGGAAAAUGACAAGCACUCUUCCAAUUACAAGUGAGGACACUGCCCGUGGCCACAAGGCGCCCCUUCUGAGAUGAAACUGACAUCACACCCAAAAAAACGCAUUCCAAAACCAUCACCUUUCCAGAUUCCAGAGCUGAGGCCACUACUCCCAGUUUGGUCAGGGCUGAUUGUGAUGGAAUAAGAAUCACUAAUUGCAGGUGGGAGACGUAACACAUCUAAAAUGCAAGGAUUGUUGGUGUCUGGAAAUGCUCAAUCCCAGCACCCUGA